AUGCCACCUAGAGCUGAUCCGACAUUGAGGGAGCUUUCCGCUCCUAAUCUGGACCAAGCACCAUUGGCCAUUCAAUAUCCAGAGUUUGGGGAGAAUGUUACUUUUGAGCUGAAGUCGGGUCUUUAUGCAGCCAAGGGGUUGACGGAGGAUCAAAUCAAACUGCGGGCCUUUCCUUUUUCAUUGAAGGAUAAGGCUAAUGAUUGGUUCUAUCAUUUGAGCCCCAACAGUAUCAACACAUGGAGGGGGAUGAAGCAAGCUUUCUUGGAGAAGUUCUUUCCUUCAAGCAAGUUGAAUGAGCUUAAGAGGGCCAUUAGCAACAUUGAGCAAGGUUAUGAUGAGAUCCUUUAUGACUACUUAGAGAGGUUUAAGAGGCUCAUUGCUUGUUGUCCCUAUCAUGGUUUUGCCGAGAAAGAUCUUGUGUUAUACUUAGUUGGUGGGCUCCUUCCUGAUGAGAGAAGGAUGGUUAAUGCUGCUUGUGGGGGUAACAUUGAUAAUAAGACACCACAGCAAGCCAUGGAGCUCAUAAGUGAGUUUGCUGAAAGUUCUCGCACUUAUUCUAAGAGAAAUACCACUAGGGGAGUUAAGGCGGCAAGUUCUAAAUCAUCUUUGGAGUCGGAAGUAUCCGACCUUAAGGGCAUGUUCCGGCAAUUUUUGGUCAGUGGCAAUCAACAACAAGUGAAGGCUUGUGGUAUUUGUUCAAACAACAAUCAUCCAACUGAUUCUUGUCCGACUUUGCAAGAGGAAACCCGAGAGGUGAAUGCCGUGGGAUAUCAAGGACAAAGGAAGUAUGAUCCAUUCUCAAAUUCUUACAAUCCCGGAUGGAGAGAUCAUCCGGCCUUGAGUUACAAGCAAGGGAAUCCAACUCUUCAAGGAAAUCAGAAUUUUCAACAAGGUCAUAACCCUCCUCCUUACAUAGCACCAUAUCAAGCUCAAGGGAAAUCCUCUAGCUCCAACUCAAUGUCCACCGAGGAUAUGAUCAAGGCCUUGGCUCAAAAUGUGACUACUAUGCAGUCCAACAUGGUGCAAUUUCAACAGGAGACAAGGUCUAGCAUUCACAAUUUGGAAACACAAGUGGGUCAAAUGUCUAGUGUCGUGAAUAAACUUGAGGCCCAAAGUUCGGGGAAGCUACCAUCUCAAACCGAGGUGAAUCCAAAGAAGAAUGUGAGUGCCAUGACUUUGAGGAGUGGCAAAGAGUUGGUGGAUCUAGAGCCUAGCAAGAGCAAGGUUAUGAAGGAGAUUGAAACAAAGGAAGAGGAGGUAGAGGUUCUAAUCCCAACAAAAGAAGUUGAGAAAUUGGUGAGUCCUAGCUCUCACCAAGAGUCAAUGUGUCGUAAAUAUUCCUUUGUUAAAAUUGAUAAAAGAUGUGCCUUUGUAUGCUAA